GACUAACUAACUGACUGACAUAAUUAUUCAGUAUUCAUUUAUAUUAAUCAAUAUGAAAUAAUUUAAGUGCAUAAAAUCAAUAAUCAAUAAUCAAUAUAAACUUAACACAUGUUCUAUAAAAUUUAAAAUUUUUUCAAAUAUAAACAUUUCUUCCCGCUCAUUCAUUUGUUUAACUGUAUGACUUAAGGAAGAUAUUGGCAUAUCACUGAUAUUCAAAUUAUACACUGAUAUUCUGAUUAUUGAAUCAUUCAUAAUUACAUACUGGGAAAUCUGUCUAUUCAUCUAUCUAUAUUGAUACAGCAAAGGGUUUCCUUUCUUAAUUACAUAUUUGGAAAUCUAUCUAUAUUGAUACAGAAAAGAGUUCCCUUUUUCCGUGGAUCUUUCAAAAGAGAUGAAAGAUCUAUUUCAUAUCAUUAAUAAUAAUAUACUUAUCAUGUCAACUUUUGUAAGUUUAUGUUCACCACAUAAAAAAUUACAUAAAAAUACGGUAAAUUAUGUAAUGAAUAGUAAUACUACUGAUAAUACUACUGAUACUACUAAUACUACUAUUAUUACUACUCAUAAUAAUAAUAAUAAUAAUAAUAAUAAAUAUAUUAAUGUUUACCCAAUAUCAAAAGAAAAAUUAAAAAAUUUUUUAUAUCGAUUAGAUCAAUUACCAUUUAUUGAUGAAAUGUAUCAAAAUGAUGAAUAUCAAAAUAUGUAUGCAUCAUUUGAUAACUUCAGUAUUAUUUAUGUGGAUAAUGAAAAAAAUUUUAUCAAAAAUCAACCCAUUACUUAUAAAUCAACUAGUGGUAAAUUAUGUAGUUGUUUUACAAAAAAAUAAAUAUUUUUAUUAUAAAUUAAUCAUUUAUAUAUAUAUAUAUUGAAUAGUGAAAUAUUCUAUUUUUUGAGAUUUUUGUGUUUCCCCCCCCCCUAAUUUGAACAUGUAAUGAACAUAUAUAAUUAACGUUUACUAUUAUUAUUAUUACUAUUAUUAUUAGUACUAUUACUAUUAAUAUUACUACCAUUACGGUUACUAUUAUUACUAUUAUUAUUAUUAUUACUAUUACCAUUAUU